GCGCGCGAGCGGGGCGGAGAGGCGGCUCCGUGGCCGCAGGCGCAGGCCCGGGCGGCAGCCGAGGCGUGGGGCGCGCCGGCUCCGGGACUCAACAUGCGCUGCUCGCCGGGAGGCGUCUGGCUGGCGCUGGCCGCGUCGCUCCUGCACGUGUCCCUGCAAGGCGAGUUCCAGAGGAAGCUCUACAAGGAGCUGGUGAAGAACUACAACCCCUUGGAGAGGCCGGUGGCCAAUGACUCGCAGCCGCUCACCGUCUACUUCUCCCUGAGCCUCCUGCAGAUCAUGGACGUGGAUGAGAAGAACCAAGUUUUAACCACCAACAUUUGGCUGCAAAUGUCUUGGACAGAUCACUAUCUACAGUGGAAUGUGUCAGAAUACCCAGGAGUGAAGACUGUGCGUUUCCCAGAUGGCCAGAUUUGGAAGCCAGACAUUCUGCUCUAUAACAGUGCCGAUGAGCGCUUUGACGCCACAUUCCACACCAACGUCUUGGUGAAUUCUUCCGGGCACUGCCAGUACCUGCCUCCAGGCAUAUUCAAGAGUUCCUGCUACAUCGAUGUACGCUGGUUUCCCUUUGAUGUGCAGCAUUGCAAACUGAAGUUCGGGUCCUGGUCUUACGGAGGCUGGUCCUUGGAUCUGCAGAUGCAGGAGGCAGAUAUCAGUGGCUAUAUCCCCAAUGGAGAAUGGGACCUCGUGGGAAUCCCUGGCAAGAGGAGUGAAAAGUUCUAUGAGUGCUGCAAAGAGCCCUACCCCGACGUCACCUUCACGGUGACCAUGCGCCGCAGGACCCUCUACUAUGGCCUCAACCUGCUCAUCCCCUGCGUACUCAUCUCCGCCCUCGCCCUGCUGGUGUUUCUGCUUCCUGCAGAUUCUGGGGAGAAGAUUUCCCUGGGGAUAACAGUCUUGCUCUCUCUUACUGUCUUCAUGCUGCUUGUGGCUGAGAUCAUGCCCGCAACAUCCGAUUCAGUGCCAUUGAUAGCACAGUACUUCGCCAGCACCAUGAUCAUCGUGGGCCUCUCGGUGGUGGUGACGGUGAUAGUGCUGCAGUACCACCACCACGACCCCGAUGGGGGCAAGAUGCCCAAGUGGACCAGAGUCGUCCUCCUGAACUGGUGCGCGUGGUUCCUGCGCAUGAAGAGGCCGGGGGAGGACAAGGUGCGCCCGGCGUGCCAGCACGUGCGGCGGCGCUGCAGCCUGGCCAGCGUGGAGAUGAGCGCGGUGGCGCCGCCGCCCGCCAGCAACGGGAACCUGCUGUACAUCGGCUUCCGCGGUCUGGACGGCGUGCACUGCGCCCCGACCCCCGACUCGGGGGUGGUGUGCGGCCGCAUGGCCUGCUCCCCCACGCACGACGAGCACCUCCUGCACGGCGGGCAGCCCCCCGAGGGGGACCCGGACCUGGCCAAGAUCCUGGAGGAGGUCCGCUACAUCGCCAACCGCUUCCGCUGCCAGGACGAGAGCGAGGCGGUCUGCAGCGAGUGGAAGUUCGCGGCCUGCGUGGUGGACCGCCUGUGCCUCAUGGCCUUCUCGGUCUUCACCAUCAUCUGCACCAUCGGCAUCCUCAUGUCGGCUCCCAACUUCGUGGAGGCCGUGUCCAAAGACUUCGCGUAGCCACGCCUCGUUCUGUACAUGUGGGAAACGCACAGAUGGGCAAGGCCUUUGGCUUGGGGAGAUUUGGGGGUGCUAAUCCAGGACAGCGUUAAACGUGGCAACUCCGGUGUUCCCGUAGGGCUGUCAGUCGCGUUGCUUAUGGUUUCCUUGUUAGGUGAUAGGCUCUCAGCCCUCGGUUCAAUACUCUCAGAUGGGCUGACCCCUACCCUUUGCCUGUCCGGGCUGUCGGUCAGCAGGGCCUCUGAGAGGUCAGUCUGCCCGUGAGCCCGCUGCCUGGAAAGCCCUUCAGAGAGCUCCCAGUGGCUUCUCACCGCCGGGACAGCUGGUUCUGCAUGUCUGCAUGCCACUUGCCAUGAAGGUCUACCUGAAAAUUCAACAUUUGCUUUUUGCCUGUGUACAAACCUAGAUUGAAGCUAAAAUAAACCGGACUCACUAAAUCCAUUCCAA